CGUCGAGGACCCGCUUUUUCGGACCCUCCCUGCUGUAGGCCCAGCCCGAUGACGCGCACGUUUGGACGCCGCUGGCGCCGCGGCGCAGCUGUUGUCGGCGUGGGGCUCGCGUCGGGCGCGGCGGUCGCGCUGACGGCCGGCCUCGCUGCCCCCGCCGUGAUCGGUGGCAUCGCGGCGGUUGGGGGCGGGAUCAGCUCCCUGGGGACGGCGGGCGCACUGCUCGGCAUUGGCGUCGCCGAAGCGGGCGCACUGCUCGGCACCGGCGUCGCGUCGAUCGCUUCGCUCCUCUCAGGAGCGUUGGGGCGCCGCGGGCGUGGCAGUGGUGACGUCCCUCUUCGGCGCUACCGGCGCCGGCCUCGCUGCGGCGCCGGCCUCGCGGCGUACAAGAUGGACCGCCGGCUCGCAGACGUCUCCGAGUUCGACUUUCUGCAGCCGCGCAAGGCGCUGAUUCUUGCGGCACAGCGGGAGCACGACGGGGGCGACGGCGGUGGAGACGGCGGCGACGGCGGCGACGGCGUCCGCAGUGGCGGCGGCGUCGAUUCCGAAGAGGAAUGCGGCGCACUCGUGUCUCAGCGCAUCGAGCUGGCCCCGGCCGUCGCGUCCGUGCCCGCGUCGACGGCGAGCGGGUCGCCCGAGGACCGGGUCGCGCUCGCGGUGGACAGCACGUCGCACCCGCCCGCGCUCGAGUUGUCGAUCGCCGCCGCCGACGUCGCCGCCGCCGAGUCCGCGUGCGAGGGGGCUGUCGCCUGUCGAGGAGCCUUCCCGGAACCUUCGAGGAUUUUUCCGCUCUAGGUACGCGCGCGGGCGGCUGAAUGCAAUCUCGCUGCCGGGGGCGUGCCGGCUGCUGGGCUUGCCGGUGCUGCAGGUCGAGCGAGCUGUGGUGGUGCAGCUGGCAGGGGAGGAGCGCGCCGAGGCGGGAGAGUGCGGCGAGGACGGGCUGUCCGCACCGCGUGGCGGCGACGGAGGAGCCGCGGCGGCGCCUUCGCUCAGCGUGCUGAUUGGCGUGAGUGGGUGGCUGGAGAGCGAGGCCGAGACGCCGGCGCGCCACUGGUGGGCGAGGCACAGCGAGCUCCAGCCCAAGCCCGGGGCAGCCCGUGUGCUUGGUGCGACGCACGCCCUCACCAUGGCCGGCGUCGGGAUUGCAGCGUCGCAUGUCCGCGCAGUCGCGCCGCGCGCGGAGGCGCAAGACGAGGCCGUCGGCUCACCCGCCGCGCCGCCUGCUGCUUUGGAUCCAGCUGGCGGUGAGGCUGGAGGCGCGACUCAGCUGGAUCCAACUGGCGGUGAGGCUGGAGGCGCGACUCAGUUGGAUCCAACUGGCGGUGAGGCUCCAGCACUGGCCCCGGCGCCGCGCCAGGCGCUGUCGUGGGACGAAGGCGUUGCUCGCGCGGCAGAGGAGACGGCGGAGGAGAGGGCCGCAGAAGCGGCGGACGAAGCGGCAGCGGCCGAGGGCG